UCCGCGGCCGGGCGGCGGGAGGGGAGCGCGGGGCCGCGGGAGCCGCUCCCCGGCAGCCGCGGCGGGGCCCUGCGGAGCUGCCGUGCCUCCGCCCAGCCGGGUAUUGUUCACGGCCCGUCUCCUCCGGGGAAGUUUUGCCCUCGUCCCGGCUCCGCUCCCCGCCGGGGCGGGGCGGGGGGUGGGAGCCGGGGCCCCUUUGUCGCCACCUUCCCGGCGUGCGGCGUGCGGCGCCCGGCGGGGGGGGUGGGGGGGGGCGAGGCUCAACAUGAUGGCGGCCGAGGCCGGGGGUGAGGAGGGCGGCUCGGUUACCUCAGCUGGGACGGCGGGAGCCGUCGCGGAGCCGGGACACUACACCGCCGUGUGCCGGGGCAAGGGGCCGGGGCCGCAAGGCCCCUUCCUGGCCGGCUCCGGUGGUGGCGGCAGCGGCAGCAGCAGCAGCCCGGGCGCCGGCCCCCCGGGUGGCCCGGCUUUGUGCUCGGUGCUGGGGCUCCUGGAGCUGGGCGCAGGGCCUGCCCCUCCGUCGGGCGGCCCGGGGCAGGCACUGGAGGCGGCCCGGGCGGCUGAUCCCGGCACCGCCGCCUUCCCCCCGCUGCCGCCGCCGCCGCCACCCUUGGCCGGAGGGCUGGGGACUGUGGACGAAGGCGACUCGCUGGACGGGCCGGAGUACGAAGAGGAGGAGGUGGCCAUCCCGCUCAACGCGCCCCCCACCAACCAGUGGUAUCAUGGGAAACUUGACAGAACAAUUGCAGAAGAACGUCUUCGGCAAGCGGGAAAACCUGGAAGUUACCUUAUUCGAGAGAGUGAUCGGAGACCAGGUUCAUUUGUGCUUUCAUUCCUUAGUAAAACAAAUGUCAAUCAUUUUAGGAUUAUUGCCAUGUGUGGAGACUAUUACAUUGGUGGACGUCGUUUUGCUUCACUUUCAGACCUAAUCGGUUAUUACAGUCAUGUGUCCUGUUUGCUGAAAGGGGAAAAGCUUCUAUUUCCAGUAGCACCUCCAGAGCCUGUGGAGGACAGAAGGAGAGUUCGAGCAAUUUUACCUUACACCAAAGUGCCAGAAACUGAUGAAAUAAGUUUCCUUAAAGGAGACAUGUUUAUUGUCCAUAACGAAUUGGAAGAUGGCUGGAUGUGGGUUACAAACCUACGGACAGAUGAGCAAGGUCUUAUUGUGGAAGACCUGGUAGAAGAAGUGGGAAGAGAAGAAGAUCCACAUGAAGGCAAAAUAUGGUUCCAUGGGAAGAUCUCCAAACAAGAGGCUUACAAUUUGCUGAUGACAGUUGGUCAGGUGUGCAGUUUUCUUGUGAGGCCUUCAGAUAAUACACCUGGUGAUUAUUCACUUUAUUUUCGGACCAGUGAAAAUAUUCAGCGUUUUAAAAUAUGCCCAACGUCAAACAAUCAGUUUAUGAUGGGAGGCAGAUACUACAAUAGUAUUGGUGACAUCAUUGAGCACUAUAGAAAAGAACAGAUUGUUGAAGGAUAUUACCUUAAAGAUCCUGUUCCAAUGCAGCACCAAGAACAAGUGCUUAAUGAUACAGUCGAUGGAAAAGAAAUCUACAAUACAAUUCGUCGGAAAACAAAGGAUGCCUUUUAUAAAAAUAUUGUCAAAAAAGGUUAUCUUCUGAAAAAAAGUAAAGGAAAGAGAUGGAAAAACUUGUACUUUAUAUUAGAGGGAAAUGAUGCCCAGCUUAUUUAUUUUGAAAGUGAAAAACGAGCCACAAAACCCAAAGGACUAAUAGACCUUAGCGUGUGUUCCGUCUAUGGGGUACAUGACAGUUUGUUUGGCAGGCCAAACUGUUUUCAGAUAGUAGUUCAGCACUUUAGUGAAGAGCAUUACAUCUUUUACUUUGCAGGCGAAACUCCAGAACAAGCACAGGACUGGAUGAAAGCUCUGCAGAUGUUUUGCAGUUUAAGAAAAACCAGUCCAGGAACAUCAAAUAAACGUCUGCGUCAGGUCAGCAGUCUUAUUCUACAUGUAGAAGAAGCUCAUACGCUCCCAGUAAAGCAUUUUACUAAUCCAUACUGUAACAUCUACCUGAACAGCGUCCAGGUAGCCAAAACACACAUCAGGGAAGGGCAAAACCCUGUGUGGUCAGAAGAAUUUGUCUUUGAUGAUCUUUCAGCUGAUAUUAAUAGAUUUGAGAUAAGUCUUAGUAACAAAACAAAGAAAAGUAAAGAUCCAGAUAUAUUGUUUAUGCGUUGCCAAUUAAGCCGAUUACAAAAAGGACAUGCAACAGAUGAGUGGUUUCAACUCAGUUCCCAUGUACCAUUAAAGGGUAUUGAGCCAGGAUCUUUGCGUGUUCGAGCACGAUACUCUAUGGAGAAGAUCAUGCCAGAAGAGGAGUACAAUGAGUUUAAAGAGCUUAUACUCCAGAAAGAACUUCAUGUAGUCUAUGCCUUAUCACACGUUUGUGGACAGGAUAGAACGCUGUUGGCUGGCAUUUUAUUGAAGAUUUUUCUUCAUGAAAAGCUUGAGUCAUUGUUGUUACGGACGCUGAAUGACAGGGAGAUAAGCAUGGAAGAUGAAGCUACUACCUUGUUUCGUGCCACCACUUUAGCAAGUACGCUUAUGGAGCAGUACAUGAAAGCCACAGCAACAACGUUUGUUCACCAUGCACUGAAAGACUCUAUAUUGAAGAUAAUGGAGAGCAAGCAGUCCUGUGAGUUAAAUCCGUCAAAGUUAGAAAAAAAUGAAGAUGUAAACACUAAUUUGGCACAUCUACUUAGUAUACUUUCAGAAUUGGUGGAGAAAAUAUUCAUGGCUGCAGAGAUACUGCCUCCGACAUUGAGGUAUAUUUAUGGGUGCCUGCAGAAGUCUGUUCAAAACAAGUGGCCAGCUAAUACCACCAUGAGAACCAGAGUUGUUAGUGGCUUUGUUUUUCUUCGACUGAUUUGUCCUGCUAUCCUGAACCCAAGGAUGUUUAAUAUCAUCUCAGAUUCUCCUUCCCCAACUGCUGCAAGAACGCUGACGCUGGUCGCCAAGUCUGUGCAGAAUUUAGCAAAUCUGGUUGAAUUUGGAGCUAAGGAGCCAUAUAUGGAAGGGGUGAAUCCAUUCAUCAAGAGCAACAAACAUCGCAUGAUCAUGUUCUUGGAUGAACUGGGGAACGUUCCUGAGCUUCCAGACACUACCGAGCACUCAAGGACUGACCUGUCUCGCGACCUGGCGGCCUUGCACGAGAUCUGCGUGGCACAUUCAGAUGAGCUCCGGACGCUCAGUAACGAGCGAGGUGUGAUGCAGCACGUGCUGAAGAAGCUUUUGGCUAUUACUGAACUGCUUCAACAAAAACAGAAUCAGUAUUGCGUGUCUAACAACAUCAGGUAGCAGCCCUCUACCUGAAUUCUGCAUGGAUCCAGCAUGCCCAACAUGGCGACUCACACCAGUAUCACUUUCUUCUUGCUCUUGCCAAAAACAGCACACCCUGUCACAUUCCCAGUGAUGUGUGAACUAUGCAAAAAGAAAAACAAAGAUUCUGUUGGUGAAUGACAGUACCAGCAGCUUUUUUAAGCUAUUUGUGCAGGACAUUUGCACUUUUGGGGGGUUUUUUUGUUAUUUUUUCCAUUUGGAAAGAGUUUUCACAACCUCUGAGCCUUGGUGUACAGUUCACCUUCUGCAAUGAAAAUGCUGUGACUGUGUCUUGAACUUUGAAAAUCACUUUCAGCACCUCUGAUUGCCAAAGUUUCGUUGUCUUGUUGGAAAAGGAUCGUCAACUGACAUGAAGUGUAUUGCUUUGACAGCCACAUAUAACUGGAUAAUACUUCUUACUGUAAUUUCUGACUGGCUACAAUAAUUGAGACUUCUGACUGUUUCAAACCACUUUAACUGGUAUUUACAGUUUCCAGAAUUUGAUGUUAUGAUAGGAGCAAUCUUUACUGUACACUUUUUAUACCAUGCUGUUUCUCUUGCUGGAAUCAUGUCGAAAGAGAAUAUGCAGAAUGAGUCUUGUCAGCUUUAUUUUUCUGAUGUGCCACUGAUUCAGUCUGAAUAGUUCUUCCAUCAGGAACUGUAUAUCCAGAUAAAUCACAAUGCUUUUGUAAAAUGUUUACAACAGUAAAUAAUUUGAAUUCAGUAAAUUUAUUGUUUGUUGUAUCAGACAUGCAUGCAUUCAUUAAACCAUUUUAUAAAAUA